UCUUAGGUUUUAAUCUGCCACAGCUUUGCACACCUCAGCUGGGCAUAGAUAGCUAGGUUCCCCUGAGGAAGAGCCUUCCUCACCCAGGCCCACGAAAGAUGCUGAAAAAGACUCUCUCGGCUGUGGCGUGGCUCUGCAUUUUCCUCGUGGCCUUUGUCAGCCACCCAGUUUGGCCACAGAAGCCCCCUAAGCGCAAGACCCCGGCAGAGCUCACCGCAGCCACCUGCUGUGAGGAGGCAAAGGCGCUCCAGGCCCAGAUCGCCAACCUGAGCAGCCUGCUGAGCGACCUGGGCAAGAAGCAGGAGAGGGACUGGGUCAGCGUGGUCAUGCAGGUGAUGGAGCUGGAAAGCAGCGCCAAGAGCAUGGAGACGCGGCUCACUGAGGCCGAGAGCAAGUACUCUGAGAUGAACAACCAGAUUGGCAUUAUGCAGCUGCAGGCAGCGCAGACGGUCACCCAGACCUCGGCAGAUGCCAUCUAUGACUGCUCAUCCCUCUACCAGAAGAACUACCGCAUCUCUGGAGUAUAUAAGCUUCCUCCCGACGACUUCUUGGGCAGCCCUGAACUGGAGGUGUUCUGUGACAUGGAGACUUCAGGCGGCGGCUGGACCAUUAUUCAGAGACGGAAGAGUGGCCUCGUCUCCUUCUACCGGGACUGGAAGCAGUACAAGCAGGGCUUUGGCAGCAUCCGUGGGGACUUCUGGCUGGGGAACGACCACAUCCACCGGCUCUCCAGGCGGCCCACUCGGCUGCGCGUGGAGAUGCAGGACUGGGAGGGCAACAUGCGCUACGCCGAGUACAGCCACUUUGUUCUGGGCAAUGAACUAAACAGCUAUCGCCUCUUCCUGGGGAACUACAGCGGCGACGUGGGGAAUGAUGCCCUCAUCUAUCACAACAACACAGCCUUCAGCACCAAGGACAAGGACAACGACAACUGCUUGGACAAGUGUGCCCAGCUCCGCAAAGGUGGAUACUGGUACAACUGCUGCACAGACUCCAACCUCAAUGGCGUCUACUACCGCCUCGGGGAGCACAACAAGCAUCUGGAUGGCAUCACCUGGUAUGGCUGGCACGGCUCCAGUUACUCCCUCAAACGAGUGGAGAUGAAAAUCCGCCCGGAAGACUUCCAGCCGUAAAAAGAGGCCUGCUCUGGAGGAGGACUGGAGAAACCAGAGGCUGGGAAAAGGGCAGAGGAGGAGAGGGAGGGAGUCUAGAAAGGGGAGGGAUGGGAAGUGGCCCAUCAUCUUCAAGGAGAGGGGGGUCUCUUAGGAGAACAGGACUCUGUGCUGAGAAUGUUAAAGUAUGUGGGAGGAAGUAUUUAAAUGCACCAGGUCCAGACACACUCUUCUCAGGGGGUUGGC